AUGGUUAGUCGUUUUGAGCACCCUGCUGGAGGCUACAAGAAACUUUUUGAGACGGUUGAAGAGCUGAAUGAACCCCUGCCUGCUACGGUUACAGGUCGAAUUCCGUCUUUCCUAAGGGGCAGUCUGCUGCGCCUGGGUCCGGGUCUUUUUGAGGUGGGAGAUGAGCCCUUCUAUCAUCUUUUUGAUGGCCAAGCCCUUAUGCACAAGUUUGACUUCAGCAACGGACAGGUCACCUAUUUCCGCAAGUUUGUGAAAACAGAUGCUUAUGUCCGUGCCAUGACGGAAAAGAGGAUAGUUAUCACUGAGUUUGGAACCUUUGCAUACCCUGAUCCCUGCAAGAACAUCUUCUCCAAGUUUUUCUCGUACUUCAAAGGUGUUGAAGUAACAGAUAAUUGUCUGGUGAACGUUUACCCCAUCGGAGAGGACUUUUAUGCAGUCACAGAGACCAACUUCAUCACUAAAGUGAACACUGACACCCUGGAAACCCUGAAAAAGGUGGAUAUGUGUGAUUUUGUCAACAUCAAUGGUGUGACAGCCCAUCCUCACAUAGAGAGAGACGGUACUGUCUACAACAUUGGCAACUGCAUGGGCAAAGGUGCCUCACUGGCAUACAACAUUGUCAGAAUUCCUCCAACCCAGAAAGACAAAUCCGACCCAAUUGAGAAAUCCAAGGUGGUGGUUCAGUUCCCCAGUGCAGAGAGAUUCAAACCCUCCUAUGUACACAGCUUUGGGAUGACUGAAAACCACUUUGUCUUUGUGGAGACGCCAGUGAAAAUUAACCUGCUGAAGUUCCUCAGUGCCUGGAGCAUCCGCGGCUCCAACUACAUGGACUGUUUCGAAUCAGACGAAGAGAAAGGAACAUGGCUCCACAUUGCCAGGAAGGACCCAGGAGAGUACAUUGACUUAAAGCUGCGCACGGCCUCUAUGGGACUCUUCCAUCAUAUUAACUGCUAUGAGGACCAGGGCUUCAUCGUGGUUGACCUGUGUGCCUGGAAAGGAUUUGAAUUUGUGUACAAUUACCUGUGGCUGGCCAACUUACGUGCCAACUGGGAAGAAGUCAAGCGAAACGCCAUGAUUGCACCGCAGCCAGAGGUCCGCAGAUUCGUAAUCCCACUGGACCCAUAUACAGAGGAGCAGGGGAAAAAUCUGAUCUCCCUGCCUUACACCACGGCCACGGCAACCCUGCGUUCUGAUGGGACCAUUUGGCUGGAGCCAGAGGUGCUCUUCUCUGGACCGCGAAUGGCUUUUGAGUUUCCUCAGAUUAACUACCAAAAGCACAAUGGAAAGAACUACACAUAUGCCUAUGCACUAGGCCUCAACCACUUUAUUCCUGACCGGAUUUGCAAAUUGAAUGUGAAGACUAAGGAGACCUGGGUUUGGCAGGAGCCCGACUCCUACCCCUCAGAACCUUUGUUUGUGUCUACUCCUGACGCUGUGGAUGAAGACGAUGGUGUGCUGCUGACCAUUGUUGUGGCACCUGCGGCCCAAAGACCGACAUAUCUGCUGAUCCUUAAUGCCAAGGACCUGAGUGAAAUUGCCCGAGCUGAGGUCGACAUCAUAUCCCCUGUCACGUUCCACGGCAUGUAUAAACCAUAG